GCCUGAACUGCAGUAGGGCCCGAGCCAGCCAGGAAGGAGGAGGCAGCCAGAGAGGCCUCCACUGUUCUCUGCAGCAGAAGACCCCCUGCUGCCAGCCUCUCCCGUCUUCAUUGCUAGAGUGAAGGGAUUUUAGCCGGUACUAGCCAAGGCAGCAACAUCAGGCAGAAACUCUGUUUCCCAGACGCAGCACUCAUCCUUGAUUUCAUUAAUCCAGACAGAGAAACAGCUCUCUGGGGGGGAAAUCUACCAUCAAAAUUACUAUCAUUAAUUCAGUACAAAAUCAGCUUUUUGCGAACACCAUUUCUUCUUGUGUCAUUUGGAAAAACAAAGCAUACCAUGUUCUUCAGAUUAUGGCGUCUUUUGUUACUGCUGAACCAUGUGCUUUUGGCACAGAACACCCAUGAAGAAAAAAGAAAUGGCGUAAGAAAACAGAAGUCCAAACCUUUCCUAUCAAAUGCAGUAGAAAAAUAUGCCAGUUCAAGUCACCAAGAUGAAGACUGCAUUCUGGAAAUGGCUUUCCUCCUGGAUAGCUCAGAGAGUGCCAAAGACUUCAACCAUGAGCAGCAGAAGAAGUUUGUCUUAGAGAUUGUGGACAGACUAAAAGGACUGCAACUUAGCUCCGGCCGCACCCUCAGCUGGAGGACAGCCUUGCUUCAGUACAGCAGCACUGUCCUUAUAGAGCAAACCUUCAGAGACUGGAAAGGCCCAGACGCUUUUAAAUCUCGUAUCGCUCCUAUAACAUACAUAGGCCACGGUACCUACACCACUUAUGCUAUCACCAACCUCACCCAGCUGUACAUGACUGAAGGGACUCAUGGGAGUGUGAAGGUAGCUGUGCUGUUGACAGACGGAGUGGACCAUCCAAGAAACCCAGACAUUUUUUCAGCGACUGCUGAUGCUAAACAUCAAGGUAUUGUGUUCUUCACAGUCGGAAUGACCAGAGUGGCUGAGGAGGUGGCCAAUGCAGCCAAGCUCCGCCUUCUGGCCAGUGUUCCAGCAUCCAGGUUUGUCUUCAAUCUGCAGGAGAAAGGAGUCGUGGAAAGAAUCCUCAAGGAAAUGAAAGUUCUGGCAGAAGAAGGGUGUCCCCAGCCUCCUAUAUGUAACUGUGAAAAAGGAGAAAGAGGCCUUCCUGGUCCUGCUGGUAAAAAGGGCCGCCCCGGUGAUGAUGGAGCUCCUGGGCCAAAGGGAACAAAGGGGGAACCAGGCUUAAAUGGAAUUCCAGGAAGAGAUGGAACAGAGGGGAAGUCGGGAUACAAAGGAGAAAAGGGUGAAAGAGGAGAAUGCGGAACACCAGGAAUAAAAGGUGACAGAGGUCCAGAAGGUCCUGGUGGUCCAAGAGGUCUCCGAGGUCUUCAGGGUCCCCAAGGAUUGCCUGGAGAUCAAGGGCCUGAAGGAGUUCAGGGAUCAAAGGGGGAAAGGGGCCUCCCUGGCCCUGCGGGAUUGACUGGAGAAACUGGAGUGGGAUUGCCUGGCCCAAAGGGUGACAUUGGCUUAACCGGAAGACCAGGCCCAGUUGGUUUGCCAGGAGUAGGAGAACCAGGUUUGCCGGGGCCUCAAGGACCACAGGGGAUCCAGGGAGAAAGGGGAUCACCAGGAGAAGGGCUUCCAGGGUCAAAGGGAGAUCGUGGCUUUGAUGGCCCAAAGGGACCGCGUGGGCAACCAGGCACUGGCAUCAAGGGUGAAAAGGGUGAAAUUGGUCCACCUGGUUUGCCUGGGCCUAUUGGAUUAUCUGGUGUUGGAAUUCAAGGAGAGAAGGGAGUAGAAGGCCCUAAAGGACCACCAGGGCCAAGAGGGCCUCCUGGACAGGGGCUACCUGGACCAAAGGGUGAUCAAGGUUUGCCAGGAGAAACUGGAGCUCCAGGAGAAAGGGGUCUUGGAGAACCCGGUGCAAAGGGGGAGCCCGGUUCUUCAGGACUGGCAGGCCUACCUGGCCUUCCUGGAGAAGAUGGAGCACCAGGACAAAAGGGAGAACCAGGAUUACCCGGCCUCCGUGGUCCAGAAGGCGCUCCUGGGAUUGGAAUACAGGGCGAAAAGGGCGAUCAAGGUCAAAGAGGUAUACGUGGAUUAUCAGGACCAACCGGAAUACCUGGGCCUGCAGGAGCUAAAGGAGAACCUGGUGCACCAGGACGACUUGGAAUGCCUGGGCUUCCAGGACGAGCCAUCAUGGGCCCAAAGGGUGAUAUUGGAUUACCUGGCCCUCCUGGCCCAAUUGGAGAACAGGGAGUAGGGAUUCCUGGAGCUAAGGGUGACCGGGGACAUCCAGGCCCACCAGGACCAUUUGGACCAAAGGGAGAUGGGUAUCCAGGCCCACCUGGUCUUCCAGGACUUCCAGGAGUUCCUGGGGAUCAAGGCCCUGAAGGGAUUGGAUUACCUGGACCAAAGGGUGAUCCUGGUGGUAGAGGACCAGCUGGUCUCCCAGGCCCAUCAGGAGAAGGCCUUCCAGGACCAAAGGGCAAUGUUGGGCGACAAGGAGCACCUGGACCAUUGGGACCUCCAGGUGAAGGUAUCCAAGGACCAAAGGGUGAGCAAGGAAUUCAAGGAAUGCCAGGACCUCGCGGGCCUCCUGGGGAAGGGCUUCUUGGACCAAAGGGUGAUCGUGGAGCUGCAGGUGAGAGAGGAAGAAAAGGAGAGAAAGGCAACAUGGGUGAUCCAGGUUCCGUGGGAGAACCUGGCAAAACUGGACCAAAGGGAGAACAAGGUCUAACAAGAGAAGAUAUCAUUAAGUUAAUUAAAGAAAUAUGCGGCUGUGGUAUUAAAUGCAAGGAGAUACCUAUGGAGCUUGUAUUUGUGAUUGACAGCUCUGAAAGUGUUGGCCCAGAAAACUUUGAAAUAAUCAAAGACUUUGUCACUGCUUUAGUAGACAGAGUAACUGUAGGAAGAAAUGCUACUAGAAUUGGUCUUGUCCUCUACAGUCUGGAGGUUCGGCUUGAAUUUGGACUUAAUAGGUAUACAACCCAACAGGAUGUGAAACAAGCAAUCAGGAAAAUGUUAUAUAUGGGAGAAGGCACUUACACAGGAACUGCCAUCCGCAAAGCAACACAAGAAGGUUUUUUGGGGGCUCGAACUGGUGUGAGGAAAGUUGCAAUAGUCUUAACAGAUGGCCAAGCAGAUAAGAGAGAAGCAGUUAAGCUGGACAUUGCUGUUCGAGAGGCUCAUGCAGCCAACAUUGAAAUGUACGCAAUAGGAAUUGUGAACACUUCAGACCCAACACAAGUUGAAUUCUUACGUGAGCUGAAUCUAAUUGCAUCAGACCCAGACAGAGAACAUAUGUACCUCAUCGAUGAUUUUAAUACUCUUCCAGCUUUGGAGUCUAAACUUGUAAACCAGUUUUGCGAAGAUGAACAUGGCGCCUUAAUAUAUAACCGCAUUGGAAAUGGAGGAAGCAUAAAUGGACCGUCCAUUCACUCAGUAUCUUCUUCACAUUACGUAUUGCAUACAAACAGUAAUAAUGGACCAUCAGUUUCAUCAAAAGGAUAUGAAACAUCUGUGAAAGAGGUUUCCAUAAAUCUUGGCCAGCUUUCUGAACCAUUAAUCCCGGUACACAUUAGAAAAAACUGGGCUAAAGAAUCACCCAGGAUAUUUCGUAAUGAAUAUCACAUGGAACCUGAUGGAGAUGAUCUCCCAUCUUUGUCUCCAGUAAAUACCAAAGUAGUUCCAUCAGUAUUGCCAUCAUCAUCUUCACCACCACCACCACCACCGCUGCCAUCUCUAUCAGCAGGAAAAGCAUUCUCAUCUUCUAAUUCAUCAGCUUCUUCCAUAGCACCUACACCAAGACCAGAAAAUAUGCUGAAUCCUCCACAAUGUAAAUUAAGACUAGAUCAAGGUCCAUGCCGUGUGUAUAUAAUAAAAUGGUAUUAUGAUAAGCAAGCCAAUUCUUGUGCUCAGUUUUGGUACGGUGGCUGCAAUGGAAAUGAAAAUCGCUUUGAUAGUGAAGAUGACUGUAAAAAAACCUGUGUAUUUUUCCGUGGAGAUGUCUGAAGAACAACGUUAACAGAGAUGUCCACUAAGGAGAAAAGAAAAAACUUUUUUGCCAAGGGAGGAGAGAUUUUUAUGCAUAUAUAUAAAGAUCUUUUUAUAUUUUGAAAUUACUUGGUUAACAAAAACAAAAAUUGCUAUUGUCAAACUACUUAUUCCAGUGUAUUCCUACCGAAACCUGUAGUACAAUCUAUAAUUCUAUUUCUGAAGCUGAAAGAUUAUGUGCAGAUGCAAACUUAAAAUGCAUACUGCAGUCACACAGAUUGGGUUUGGGGCUAAAAUAAAAUGUCAUACUUUGUAGACUGGAAAAAAAUGGAGUGGGUGUCAAAUAUGCCUCUACAGCCCACAAAAGAGCAAAUGCUCCAUUCUCAAGGGCCAAUAAGUAGCACAGCUCUUGCUGGAGUAUGAACAUACCCACUUGAAGUAAGCUUACAGUAGCCCAUGGUUCAUGAGAAUCAGAUGAUUCGGAAUUGGAGACGACAACUGACAUGUGAGUUGCAAGAGAGAGCUGAAGUGAUCAAAGGUGGGUUCUGCUAAAGAUCCAGUAAGAGAAACUCCAGCAGGGGGAGCUCAAAUCAAAUGUCAGUGGGGCAUGUGCUUAUUGUGAUCCAUUUCUCUCACUCAGCUUCACAAACCAGAUUACUGUAUUAGGAGGAGGAGGAAGGGAUGUAGCAAAUAUGCAAACCCACCUGGUAAGCAGAAGCCAGGAGCAACAGCUGCAUGCUAACCUGGCUGUGAGCAAGAUGCCCAGCAAAGUAACCUUGAAGAAGAGUGCAUAUUCCAGCACAUUCAAAAAGGAUCAACACACUUCUUGCCAAUCUUCUGACUCCCAGAACCUGUUAGCUCCUUUACAGCCUAAUCCUUUGCAAAUUUAGGUGCGCCACCAAAGGGCUUUCAGUGGAUUAAGUUGCAUCUCACUCACAUAAAAUCAGGCAGACUACCAACUUGAAGUUUGCUAAAUCCACUCCAGGAGCUUUGGGAAGGUGUGGAACUUUGAGCAGCAUCCAGACUAAGUUGCCCAGAACUACUACUCAGGAAUUACUCUAUAGAUCUACUUAAUUUCAGGAGGACAACUCAGGAAUAAUUUACUUUGGAUGCUGCCCAGCAAACAGGGAUAAUGAUCAGCCCUUUCAGGAAAGAAUUGGUUAGCAGAAGUGCUUAACCCUGCCCAUGCCCACCUUGUAACUGCGCCACUGAGGUAGGCUUCUCUCCAGUUGGAAUUACCUGAAGUUCCAUAGCCCGCCCCCCACAACUGGUGAAAAUGAUUAAAAAUGGAUGGAGCAUGGUGUUUGCAAGAAAGAACUAGCAGGUAGAGGGAAGAGUUAAGCACUCUCUUUCCAUCUGCCUCUGCAAGAGCUUGUUUUAUGAGGGAAGCAUGAGGUUAGGAACCCUGUAUUUUCCUUGCAACACUUUGUUCCCUUUUAGGUAUCUAGGAAGCUGCCCUGGUUCUAGGUUUCCCAGGAGCAUUCCCAGAUGGCAGUUUUACUAAAGGGCAGGUGUGUGUUCACAAAUCAUCUAUAUUUACGCCCAAGUCCCUGCAAGCUAUUGGGGAGCACUCCACACAUGAUUUGGGUUUUUUAUUACACAUUGGAAUGUAGCCUGAUUUAUGUCCAGGGUAAAAAAAAAUCCGCUUCUUGCAGUGGUGUUUUUGGGGAAAUUCAAACUUGCAAUAAAGCCUCGCAGUAAACCUGUGUUAAAGCUUGUUGUCUAGGAAAGCUACAGGAGAUGUUAUAGAUUGUAUGGGAGGGUCUCCGAACUAUUGCAAUAGGGGUGCAGCACUUUAAGAGUGGUUCCUCCUUUUUCCAGGCACAUACACAAAAAGCCUCUCCACAAUUAUUACAAGUUUUUGUUUGUGACUAUUCUGGAGUAAGUGGUUUAGAAUCGUCAUUUAUGUUUGAAUUUCCAAUCUCAGGGACAGAAAUCAGAUAUGCAUAAAACAAUGGACACAUUUACUUGGAUUAAGCAUCACUGGACAAAAUGGAACUUCCUUCACAAUUAUUCCUUCUUGUAUUACAAGUGGAAUAAGAAAAACUUACAACAUUAGCAAAGAACAACUAGCAUCAUUUUUAUCACUUUGAAAACUAAUUAUUCCAUAACUUCGGGAAUGUUAUAUGCCUCCUUUUGAUACAAACUGUCAGUUUUCAGUUAUCAUAAUUAUAUCAUGACAAACUAAUAGUGAAACACCCCAUAGUGUUCUAAUUAUGCCACCCCUUGAUGAGAACUAAGAUACGUUUUCUGUCUCAAAAUAAUUAUUAUAUUAGCUUCCGGGCGGUGGGAGGAAAGAGAGAGAACAAUAUUGAAUUAUUGUAUGAUGAGAGAAAAGAGUGCAAAACGCUGACACAGAUAUUCAGUCUGUGAAAGACCUUAAUAAAGCAGAUGAAACCAUAAUGAAGCCCAUGAUAGUGUCCUAAUGUGUACACCAUGAAGUGUCUAAGCAGUACUUACUUAUGCUAUGAUGGUUCUUGAUGCAAUUAAAUAAAUGUGACUUCUGACAGCAGCCCAUAGCUAAAAUGGGAUAACACCUCUUCUCCACAAAGAAUUGUUAUGAGACCAUGUCACGACGAUGAUUCAGAAGUUAUGUGACUUCAGUUCCUAUCCCAGACAUACUAGUUCAUUACCAAAACUAUUAACAACUUCUUCUUUUAUGCAUGGCCUUCAAAAUUAACAUACACAGUCAAUGCUUUGGACAAAGGCCUUGCAUACUGGCUCAUAAACUAGUUCAUCUAUGGAACAAUUUUUGAAUUUUUACAACUGUGGAUUUCAAAUGCUUCAUAGGUGUGUGUUGUUGUUUUAGCCAAAACAAUGUCAUUCCCUUUACUUGUAGACACUGGCACUUGAUGAAAUAGAUGAAAGUUUUUUCUUUAAUUACAACAGAAGUCAUAUGUCUGAUCAGAAGGCUUACCAGUUUAGACAUGGUGCUGUGUGUUAAUAUUAGCAUGCAGGAAACAUGCCUUGCAGCUAAACACCAUUAGCUGCAAGGCAUGUAUGAGAUGCCUAAAUAAACUGCAUAGUAAUAAGGUUCAAUCCUAAAGCUUGCUGAGUCAGCAAGUGAGUGACUAAAAAGGUGUGCACUGUAUAGCAUCACAAAACCAUGAUGUUGGCCAGUGUUACUAUGAUGGUAUGCUAGCACUGCAAGCAGAUACAUUAGUACAAAUUAGAAAUGGGGUGUUAAUUUCUAUUAAUAAUGUUAAAUGCAGCAUAGGCCCUUAAAUACCUUUUUGUUUUCCUGGUUUUUUGCAAGAGCCUCGUGUAUAUCUGCAUUAAAUGUGUGAGAUGUAUUUUCGUUUAUUAAAUAUAUAAACUAGAA